AUGUCUUGUAAUAUUUGUCAAGUGAAAUUUUCAUUUUUUACCCAAGAAAAUGGAUGUCCGAAUUGUAGAUUUGCCUGUUGUAACAAAUGCUUGCAAUACAGAUAUAAUUUGCCUAAUAUUGGAGAGAAAAAAAUUUGUGCACGUUGUUAUAAUAAAUUGCAAAUGCUGAAAAAAAAACAUACUUUAACGGAAGACAUUGAUAUAUCUGACGAAUUAAAUAAGCCUCUUCCACCCAUCGAUAUUACAAAAAAGUUGGAGUCGUUAGAAAAUCCUGCAAGACCACCAAUUGUAAUGUAUAAACAAAGCAGUAAAUUAGAUAAUUUAAGAGCUGGUUUAAAUCCUGUUGAUCAUGAAAUUAUUAAUAGACUUAAAAAACUUAAGGAAGAGGAUAAACAAUUAUCUGUCCCAUCCGAGGAUGAAAUUAGAAGACGCCUCGCUAUAUUAAAGGAUGAAGAUCCUGAUAUUGUGAAUCGUCCUACGCAUCAAAUAGAUAUAAGAACCAAUCAACAGAAAACUGACGACUUGAUUAAUGAAUAUCUUGAAAGGAUUAAUAUUGCAAAAUCUGAUGAUAAAACAGAUAGUAAUAUUCAAGCACGUUUGGAUAAUUUAAGAGGAGUAGAUUCAUCAAAGUAUGCUAAGCAAAGUAUAUCGGAUAUUGAAAUAGAUGAUGAUGUAACAGCAGUGAAUAAAAUAAUUAAGAAGGCUUUGGCAGAAGCUGCUCUGGAGAAGAAAUAUGGAGAAGAGAUUAGGGAUGAAUUUGAAGAUCCAGAUUCUGAUCUAUUCGACACCGGCGACGAGCAUUCAGAUGACAGCAGUUCUUCAUCGACUGAAUAA